UGGAAGUGUGUUGUCCGGAUGGUUGGUAACACCGCGGUCAUUUAUCAAUGUUUGAUUAUUAUCAUUUUCGGAAAGAACUAUCUUGGACGUCGUCUCUACCCGCUGCACCUCGAUCGUAGGUAAUUCUCCGAUAUUUUUCUCCGCAUCGAUUUAAUUUUCCGGGGAGGAAAAAUAAUAGAGUGCUUUUUAUUUUUUCAAAUAGAUUUUAUUUGUUUUACUCUUUCCGCGCUCGUUUUAUCACAUUCAGCCGUCCGUCCGUCUGUCCAUUCACCGAUAAAAAUAUAGUACAAUCUCGACCGUAAACGUGUAUUUUAUUAGAGGUACGUACUCCUUAGACUGAGUGUAUGUAUUCUGGAGCCUAACAAUUGUCGAAAUCGUGCGUUGAUAAUUAAGUUUGUAUCUCUGAGCCAUCGUGACCAUCAAAUAUUUUUUACGAAUCUUGGAUUCAUUUCGUGAAACGACUGUUUGAAUCAUUUUACUCGUAGUUUAUCUGACGCCAAAAAACUAAGACUAAGGACUCGCGAUACGUUCAAUAGUUUUUUCCUUUGUCAAGCGUUGAUCUACAAAGUAAUUGAUAAAGAAUUGUACACAAGCAUCCGGACGUGCUUGGCAAUUACUAUUAACAUAUAUACUACAAUGACUACUACUGCGCUUCUGUCAGUGUCUGCAUAGUGUGGCCUAUUGUGUUGCUGCUGUAACUGCAGAACUUGUUUGAAGUCAAAGCUAUUAAACAAAUUUAAAUUGAGAUGUAUGCAAAAGGAAAGGGCGCCACAGUGCCAUCAGAUGCUCAGGCUAGAGAAAAGUUAGCAUUAUAUGUUUAUGAGUAUUUAUUACAUAUUGGAGCUCAGAAAGCAGCUCAAACAUUUUUAAACGAAAUUAGAUGGGAAAAGAAUAUUACAUUAGGUGAACCACCAGGAUUCCUGCAUUCUUGGUGGUGUGUAUUUUGGGAUUUAUAUUGUGCAGCUCCAGAACGCCGUGAUACAUGUGAACAUUCAAGUGAAGCUAAAGCAUUUCAUGAUUAUGGUUUUGUAAAUUCAGGUUAUGGUGUAAAUGGUAUUGCACAUAAUGCUGGACCUUCUCCUAGCCCUUUAGGACAAAUGCCUCCAAAUGAUGGAAUGCCAGGAGGUCCAAUGCCUGGUGGAUUUUUUCCAAAUGCAUCAAUGAGACCAUCACCUCCAAGUCAUCCUUCAGCACAACAAUCUCCUCAUUCUCAACCACCAUCACAUGGACAAAUGUUAUCAAAUCAACCUUUUAUGGGUCCUCGGUAUCCAGGUGGUCCAAGACCCGGAAUUCGCAUGUCACAAUUAGGAAAUGAUUUUAAUUCUCCUACAGGUCAGCCAAUGAUGCCUGGUCUGGAUCCUUUAAGACAAGGUGAAGCUGGAGAAUAUGUUGUAGGUUGGCAAGGAGGUAUGGGACCAAUGAAUCCUCGUAUGAAUCCUCCUCGAGGUCAAAACACUCAAAACAUGAGUCCAUUAGGAUCUUAUAGUCCUGGAAUGCGCGGACCUCCGCCUAAUACAACCUUAGGUCCGGGUGGUGGUGGACCAAACAUGCCUUUAUCUAUGGGUGGACUUGUUGGAAGACCACAAUGGCAACCAAAUGCAAAUACUCCAAUGAGUUAUUCAUCAUCGUCACCAGGCGCUUAUGGUGGACCCUCAGGAUCAGGCGGCCCUCCUGGACCAGGCACACCGAUAAUGCAAAGUCCUCAAGAUUCUUCAAACUCUGGAGGAGAAAGUAUGUACACAAUGAUGAAGCCGGUUACCGGAGGGAAUAUGCCUGGUGAUUUUCCAAUGAAUAAUGCAUCAGAUAGUGGACCAUUAGGACCAAUGGGUCCUAAUACAAUGAAUUCGGUUUUGAACGGUGAAGGAUUAGAUGGUAUGAAAAAUUCACCUGCACCAGGUGGCCCAGGGACACCGAGAGAAGAUAGUGGAAGUGGCAUGGGCGAUUAUAAUUUAUCAGGAUUUGGAGGAGGGGGAGAAAAUGAUCAGACCAAAUCUGUUACAAUAUUUAAAACGCAAAAGGAAGCAGGUUGUUUUGAAAAGGAUUCUGAUCAAUCAGAUUAUUAUAUCCAAUAGUGAAAAUUUGAUGGUACCUUGAAAAUUUCACAUUGUAGAUUUUAAAACUUGCCAUAAAAAUCAGUGCAAAUACAUGUUCAUUCCUUUAUUUGAUGGUUCAUAGGUCAUAGCCAAUAGAGUGUAAAUAGUUAUGUUUAAAUAAUUAUUAUAAAUAUGCAAUUGUUCAAUGUAUUAUAACAGAAUUAAUGGAUAGUAUAUCUUAAAAAUAUUUUAGAAAAAUUUGUUUUUAACCAGAAACAACAUAAUAUCAUGUUAUGGUCACAUCAUUCUUAAUAGAAAAUUACUCCAUCUAUUUGAUGACUAUUUCCUAUGUCAUAUCUGAUGGCUGAGAUUAAGCCAUUACUUUUCAGAAGUACUAAUAUUUUGUUCAAAAUGUUCUUUUAUAUUUUUUUGGGACUUCUACUUUUUAAAAUAAUUAUGUUUUUAAUGUAUUGAUAACUAUUUUUGUUCAAUAUUAUAAAUAAAUGUAUACAUAUUUUUAAAAUUCAUGUUUUAAUGAAUUAAAAAAUAUAUAUAAGUAUGAUGAAUGUAUUAUUUAAUUUAAUAUAACUACGUAUCACAAACUAUAAAGUUUAAUGUGUUAAACAUUAUUAUAUCAAAUAUAAAUUCAUUUUAUUUGUUAAUAAUUUUGCCAUUUAGUUGUAAAUUUUUAAUACUUAUUUUUUAAGCAAAUACCAAUUGAAACUCAUUUUUUUCUUAAUAUAUAUUUAUAUAAAAAUUGUAUAAUGUUUAUUGAUUACAAAUUAAGACUAGUUAAAAAGAAAUCCCAUUUCACAAUAUAUAAUUUUUUUAAAUAAUUUUUUGAUUGACUACAUUUGAACAAUAUAUCUUUUAUGACUAAUAAAGUAUUUAAUUAUUAUAUUCAUGUUAAAUCAUAACAUAUUUCAAUUCUUAUGUAUCAAAACUUAAAUCCGAACUAUUAUGGGAUUACAUAUUAACGUAAACCAAACGUAAUAAUUGCCAUAUUGGUUUAUCUUUGAAGUCUAUUUAUUAGCAUGUGGUAUAUUAUUUUUUAAAUUUAUAUUCUUCAUUUGGAGAAAACCGUCCGCGUGUACUUAAUAUUUCUAAAUGAAGUAAGAAAAUCUAUUAAAAUAUAUAUUUUAAAUGAUUUAAAAUAGUUAACAACUGUAGGUUCCUUUUUGUAAAUUAUACUAAAUGGCAAAUACUUUAUAUAAUGCAUAUUAUCUACAAUUUUACUGAUAUUGAUCAGUAAUUAUUAAAACAGUCCAAUAACAAUUUAACACAUACCAAGAACUGUGUGAUGUCUUAUUAGAUGUUUUCUUAUUUGCUAAAGUCAAUUUAGCAGUAUUAAAGUCAUUGUAAGAUUAACAUGUUAAAAAAUGUAUAUAUAUAUAUAUAAAUUGGCUAGCCAAAUUUAAUCGAUCAAUUUAAACUUAUAACAUAAAACUAUAACAUUUUUAAAAGAACUUCAUCUAUUAUAAAUUAUUUUUACAAAUUUAUUAUUUAAAGGUAAAUACCAUCAUUUCAUAUUUAGUUAUUAUUUUUAUAAAUGUAAUGUAACAUUUUAUCUGAAAAUGGCACCUUUUUUUUAAUUAUAAUAUAUUAAUUAUUAUUGUAUAUUUUUUUUUUAAUCAAAAUGUUAUUAAAUUUGUAUUUAUAUUGAAAUUAAUUUGUUUCUCGUCCCAAAUACAUUCCCUCUAACGUUUAAUGUUUUACUCUAGAUUUUAUUUAAGAAAACAAUGUUGUAAAAUUGUACUAUUAAUUUGUACGUUGUUUUAAUUAAUAUAAUUAUUAUUAUUAUUAUUAUUUCUAUUAUACAUUUCAUAGUUAUUUGUUUAUCUGUGGUAUAUAUUAUUAAUGGUUAUCUGGAAAGUUUAAUGGUAUUUUUAGAAUACUUGAGUAUAAUAUACAAGUAUUUUAUAAUUUUUCCUUCAUAAAAUCUCAAUUUAAAUAAAUUGUAUUAAUUAUUUUUGAUUUAAAGAGGUAUGCAAUGCACUGUUUAUAAAAAAGUGAUAUAAUUUAGAAGUUCAAAAAUGUAUAAGGUUAUAUUAUAAGUUCUAAGUUGUAAUGGCAAUAUUCUGAUGAUAAUUGUAUAAGUUUACAAAAAUUGUUGAUUGUUAAUAAAAUACAAAUUGUUAAUUACAAAACAGUAAAAAAAAAGUGACUGUUAAUUAAUUUCAUCUCCAUAUUAUAUUUAAAAAAUUAAUGAAAUUAUAUUUAAAUUGAGAUGAGAAAGUUCAUGUGCAAUUUUUUUAUUUUUUAAAAAAUACUAUUAAACAUUUCAUAAUAUUAUUUUACUACUGUAUUAUGUUUUUGAAAUAAGAACUGUUUAUGAUAAAUUAUUUAUGAUUAUAAUGUACUAUGUAUACCAAAUGUCUCGGAAAUAUUAGAACAUCAAUCUAGUGGAUAGUUGGUCCUCCUAGUAUUUUUAUUCAGUCUCAUCUAAUGUUAUUAAUCUAGUUACAUUGUAGUUAGUCUUAACGGGUUGUGUAUUUUUUGAUCGUUUCCUAUAUUAAUUAGUUCUACUGUAAUUUAAUUAGUGUAAUUAAUAGUAUAGUUUAUAAUUUUUAUGCUACAAGUUGAUGUAAAUUAUUCAAUUUGUUUGCACACAAAAUAUUAUGUAUUGUAGUUAGUCGUAAGUGGAAUUAUACUUGAGCUGGGUGACUGGAAAUUAAUGAGUACGAGACGUUUUGGUAUAUAUUGUUAAUUAAUUAAAUAUAUCUUUAAACAUAAUUAUGAUGAAUUCUUUUCUAUAAUAUGUGUUCAAAAUUAAGUUAAAUAUCUUCAUGUAUGAUUUAUUUAAUUACAAGUUAUACGAUUAAGCAUUUUGUUUAUUUUACAUUUAUAUUAAAUUAUAUACUUAUAUAAAUAUAUAUUAACAUAUAUAUUUAUGUAUUUGUAUAUGUUAUAGCAUGUAUAUACUAUUGGUGUUAAAUUCAGUGUUGUAAAUCAUUUUAUUACCAAAUUAAACUACCUGACAGUAUGUAUUAAU